CCCUGCUGGAGCCCAGGGAAGUUGCAAGACUUCCUCACUCCGGAAUGAUCUGCCCGGGGCUGCUGCUGGGGGCAGCAGGGAAACAGCAGCGCCCAGAGCAGCGCCAGUCAGUCGGUUGGAAAUCACCACAGGUCAUUUCUCUGAGCUGCCUGGGACAGCCCCAUGCUAGUGGCACCAGCCUGACUUCAGGAGGGACAGGUCUGUGGAUGUGCUGCACUCUCUGCUUGGGCUGGGGUGCAGUGACAAGGCUCAGAGCUGUUCCUGCUGCUGCUCUCACCCCACAACAGACUUGCUGAAGGAUUCCUACCCCUCCACAGAGCAAUAAUAAUGACCCAGCUGCAGUUUAAAGAUGCUUUUUGGUGCAAGGAGUUCACCUUCCACACUGGCUACGAGGUGCUCGUACAGCGGCUACUGGAGGGGAAGAAGAUGUGCAAAGAUGUGGAGGAUUUGCUCAAGCAGAGAGCACAAGCAGAAGAGAGAUAUGGGAAAGAGCUGGUUCAAAUUGCCCGAAAAGCAGGAGGACAAACAGAAAUCAACACACUGAAGGAAGCAUUUGAGAUGCUCAAGCAACAAAUUGAAAGUGUUGGAAACUCUCAUAUCCAGCUGGCAGUUAUGCUGAAGGAAGAACUGAAAGGAAUAGAGGAGUUCCGAGAAAGGCAGAAGGAGCAAAGAAAAAAGUACGAGUCUGCAAUGGAGCGGAUGCAAAAGAGCAAACUGUCCCAUUAUAAGAAAACAAUGGAGUCCAAGAAGACCUACGAGCAGAAGUGCAGGGAGGCGGACGAGGCCGAGCAGUCCUUUGAACGCACCAGCGCUGCAGGCAACCCAAAGCAAACAGAAAAGAGCCAGAACAAAGCCAAGCAAUGCAGAGAUGCAGCAAAUGAAGCAGAGAACGUUUACAAACAGAACAUCGAGCAGCUGGAUAAGGUCAGGACAGAGUGGGAACAGGAACAUAUCAAAACCUGCGAGGUCUUCCAGCUGCAGGAGUGCGACCGCAUCACCAUCCUGCGGAACUCGCUGUGGGUGCACUGCAACCAGCUGUCCCUGCAGUGUGUGAAGGAUGAUGAGAUGUAUGAAGAGGUUCGGGUCAGCUUGGAGAACUGUGUUGUAGAGUCAGACAUAGACUACUUCAUUAAGACAAAAAUGACGGGAACACAACCUCCAGAUGCCAUCGGCUACGAGAGCUACUACAGCCGAGAGCCGUGCCGGCGCAGCUCCAGCCCCAGCGCCGGCCAGACCUGCGGGAUGAUCAAGAGAUUCUCUGGACUGCUGCAUGGGAGCAGCAAAAACAACACGGAAACUGCCACUCCUUCAGCCCCUCCUCUGGAGAGAACAGAAGGAGUCUAUGCAUCCAUUUUGGUAAAUGAAAAAGCUGAGAUCACGUCAUCGCAGGACUACAGAGUACUUUAUGACUACACAGCCCAGAACAUGGAUGAGCUGGACAUCAGUGAAGGAGACACCGUGGUUGUCAUCGCAGAGAACGACGACGGCUGGUGGACAGCAGAGAGGAAUGGGCAGCGAGGCUUCGUGCCAGGCUCUUACCUUGAAAAGCUGUGAUGAAAAGAAUCCCCAGUGCUCAGACUUUACAAAUAUUCUGUUACUGAAACAGCCAGCACACAAGGUCUGCUUCAGCUGGCCAAGAGCAUCCCAAUAAUAAUGUUUUUUACAACCACCAGUCAGGAAAUAACCAACUGACCAUGCUUUUCUCUCCCUUGCUCCUGCCUCAUCCCAUUAUUCUCCUGGCCUACUCUAUCUGAAAAAAACUCCUGAGAGAUUAGGACUUGCACGUUUUGGCACAGUCCUACCCUCAGCACACUGUGCUGCCAGCAGCGUUUCAAAGCUUGGUGAUCCUGGGAGUAAAAUCCGGCGCAGAUCUCAGCUGUGCAAAGGGAAAGAUCGGAGAAGCAAGUGCAGUUUCUGCAGGCUGCUGCAGUUUCUGUCCCCAGCCAGCCUUGGAGCCACCCUUAUGGUCAUGACAGCCACAUUCUCUGCCACAGAUCCCUUUCUCUCCAUGCACAGGCCAUGCUGGCAUUUUUGACAGAGGGUGGUUUAUCAGUCAUGGAUGAAAAUAAAAAAAUCAGUGAAUGCACCCAGAGAGGAGCACCUGAAGGACCAGGACACAUCCCUUGUAGGAAAUCUUGAGACAGUCCCCAUCACAACCAUCUCCUAACACAAUGAAAUCCAUGCUAGCCAUGGGCUCUGCUCUGCUCUGGAUCCUGGGACAGAUGAUGGGCCCGAGGCUUGCUUUUGUCUUGGCUGGAAGGUUUCCCUAACGCCUCUCUGGGAUUAUGAAGUUUAAAAAUCCAACAACACAAACAGCAGCUAAGCCAAGCCUCCAGGAGGGUUGCACUGCCCUGAUUGUCUCCUCUGAGCCCCAGAGAAUUGCCAAUUUCCUGCCCCUGCAAUGUCAGCAGAGCAGCCUCCCUUCCACCUGCUCAGCUCUGCUGCUCUGUCUCCUUCUGCAGCCCCUGCACCUCUGCCACAGGGACAUCCUGGGCUCCUUCCAGCACCUCUAAUGUGCUCAUUCUGCAACAAAACCUGUGCAGAGAUGUUGCACUGUGUGCAGGUUCACUGCAUUUCACAGAUUUCAGCUCUAUCAGUCUUUCUGGUUUAAUAUUUAAGAAUGUUUCCAACUGUUACUGUAUAAGGAAUUGGUGAAUAGUUUCUGCCAUUCUUCCCUUUUCAGCAUUUCAAGGUAGUUAA